GGCGCUAUAGUUCUGCCACCGUAAAAGCCUGAGGACGAGGAGUGUAGCCUACCGCAGAACAUAGGAGACGUUUUACUUUACCACAUCUCGACUCGUGAGCUGACCGUUUUAAAGAUAUCAUGUUCGUUUGAGGGAGAAAGCGGAUUCCAUACUGAUGUUACGGCCCUACAGUACCUGAGGCAGUGGACAUCUGGGGAGACGAGCAUCCACAGGAUUCAGUGAGAGGGAAGAGGUGACAUUCUAAACGUUAAGAGAAAGGAAUAGAACCGGACUUGGCACUGAGCCUUGGGGGACACCCAUCAUUUUUCGGGGACUGGACUGGUUGCAACGCCCUCACCAUUCCACCCUAAGCAGCGUUCUUGUUCUCCAACACGUCCUCCUCUGCCUGCAGGGCGUCCAGAGAACCAGGGCCUCCGGACCCACUCAGAGAAAAGCAGCAGCACAGUAGGGAUGAGCGAGUUCUGGCACAAGAUUGGCUGCUGCGUGGUGGCCAAACCUCCACCGAGGAAGAAGCGCAGGAAAAUCGACCGCAGCAUGAUCGGCGAGCCCACAAACUUUGUCCACUUGACACACAUUGGCUCUGGGGAGAUGGCAGAGGGCCGGGCCCCGUCAGGGCCAGUCCAGGAUAAGAUGAGGUCAAAAGGACCCAGUGCCAACGGCCGCAAGAGCAUGUUAUAACUGCUGCCUACCAAGCAUGGAGAACCAUUUCCAUCCUCCUCUAUGCGCCCCUCUCAUCCCAAAUGAAAAGCAGCCACUGCAGCGUAACCUGUUUCCAUUAGAGCACUUGGCAAACCUGAGAGCGGACCCUAAUAGAGAGCAGAGAGGCUCUUCCUGGCGUCUGCAGGAUCUAUUUAGCCAAACAGGACGAUGGCCUUUCUGUGGUCACCACAAGAAUCGCCCUGCUCAGAGGAGGAUAGACUGACAUGUUUUUUAUGCUUUUUAAAGAAAAGUAUUUGUCUUUCUGAUGGACUCUGGACUUCCACUGUAUUUCAGCCAACAACGUUACUGUGUCUGUGCCAGCAAGCGUAUGGGAUAGAGCCGGGGAGAGUGUUUAGCUACAUUUGUUGACUAACAUGGCUGAUUCCAUUUCAGGAGGUGAAGAUUAUGUUCUCAAGGAUCACCUGAAUGUUGCAAACCAUUGACCUACUGCCAAACAAACUAUUUUGUGUAUCUGUCUAAUGAAUGAGGAUGCACCUUGUUAUUUUCCUACAGUGCAUAGUUAAAGGUGUCUUCGUGUGUGUUUAAGUGCAAAAUGCUAUGUGAUUUUGUUGCUGUUUAGAUACCAGUACUGAGUAGUGUUAUUUUGAUUGUACCAGUUGCUAUAGAGCCCCAUUUGGACUGCUACCCAGUUGCCAUAGAGACCCAUUUGGACUGCUACCCAGUUGCCAUAGAGACCCAUUUGGACUGCUACCCAGUUGCCAUAGAGACCCAUUUGGACUGCUACCCAGUUGCCAUAGAGACCCAUUUGGACUGCUACCCAGUUGCCAUAGAGACCCAUUUGGACUGCUACCCAGUUGCCAUAGAGACCCAUUUGGACUGCUACCCAGUUGCCAUAGAGACCCAUUUGGACUGCUACCCAGUUGCCAUAGAGACCCAUUUGGACUGCUACCCAGUUGCAAGCAUACAGGUAACUGCCAAACUAAGCAGCAAGAGCUGCCAACAAGAGCUGCCUUAUUGGCAGCAUAAGAGCUGCCAAUAAGUACCGUCAUUUACUGGUGUUUCCUUUUAUUUGAGCAGUUACCUGUAGCUGAUCACUGUGAUACACUGUUUACUAGCACCUACUCUGAAAACCCCUAACUAUUAGUCAGCAGGAAGAGUCUGUUAGUAACAGGGGUUGUUGAAAUUCGAAACACCCUGACCGUUACGGGGCUUUCCAGUGAUCUCUCCUGGAAUUACUCGGGAAUGCCACUCAUUAAAUCAACUGCAUCGAAGGAACAUUCCAUAAGGUAGUUUGUUCUCUUGUCGGGGGGGGGGGGGAUGUCCACCCCCUUGAUCAGAAUGGAAAAUUCCAACCAUUUCACUGUGCGUUCCCCUUGUAAUUUCUAUAUGGCCUCCCACUUGAGCUUGUUGUAGGCGACGUGCACUCCAAGCUGGCUUGUGUCCCACAUGACAUCCACACGAUUCUGAAACCAGGUGGGAGUUUUAAAUAUCUGAUUUAAAUCAUGCAGUAGAAAUGAAAAUUUGUUUCCUGUACACAACUGUAUUUCUGACGUGCUUAGUAUACACAAUCUGUUGUGAUUAACUCCUCACUCUGUAGUUUUUUUGCGAAGUGUGUCCAUACGGGGAAAAACUCUGAAAUGUAAUGUUUUUUAAACAUUGUAUCUUAUGUGAUUUCCGAGGCCGUUGUCCCAUACCAGAACAUAUGGCGUAUGGAUGGUGUUGUAUGUUGUCCUUCACUAAUACCUUAUCUGUUUAUACACUGGGCUUAACGGUGACUUAAUGCUGAAGGUGGGACUUUGCAUACUGCUUGGUGGCUUUCCUAUCUUUGGUAGAGCUUGUAAUACUGAGUCCAUUCUCAGCCCAACAGAAUGACUGCUGCCUUGACGUUUCUGGAACAAUGUACAUUGGUAACGCCAGUAACUUGAGUCUGUUGGCAUUUCAGUUUCUUUCCCAUCUUUAUCAUGGUUGUUGUUAGACCAAAACUCAAGUUCAUUACAAAUGAUUUGUGCAAUCUCUUGAUUUUUCCUGGAAAUACAGUUCACAUUCUGAAUAGAA